AAGAACAAAGCACAUAUUCAUUAUUCAAUAUCACUAUAUAUAUAUAUGUGAUCAUUUCUUCGUGUAUCUAUAUAUAUAUAUAUUCUGUUUAAUCUAUCACACAACCAAAAUAUAUAAAUAAAUAAAAUCCAAUCAGUAUUACGAUCGCCUGUGAAGCAAAUUAAAAUGGCUGCAGAGUUCCAAGAAAGCAACAGCCCGUCGGGGAUAAAGCUAUUCGGCGCCACGAUUUCAACGACGGCAAUGUCACAGACAAAAUCUGGCCGUGAAGAUCCCGCCGGAGCCGAUCCAACGGCGGAGAAGAGGCCGCCGGAGAAGAUGAUCCCGUGCCCUAGGUGCAAGAGCACCGACACCAAAUUCUGCUACUUCAACAACUACAACGUAAAUCAGCCGCGACACUUCUGCAAGGGCUGCCAGAGGUACUGGACCGCCGGCGGCGCCCUCCGGAAUGUUCCGGUCGGCGCCGGCCGCCGCAAGGGGAAGCCGCCGGGAAGGGGAUUUCCGGACGGACGGUGCCUGUUUGACGAGCCGGAUCGAGUGCAGGAGGAGCUCGGAUUCGACGCCGCCGUGGAGGAGUGGCGAGAGGCGGAGCACGACGGAUUCCGGCGGGGGUUUUCCGGCAAGCGGAGAAGAUUCGCCUCCAGUAGUCAAACUUUCUGAUCAUCUUCCAAUUUGUCGUGUUCUUAGAAGAAAAAAAUUUAAAAAA